AUGGCUGGAGCUCGUCCAAAUGGUCCUCACUACACUAGACCCUUGGUGGCCUUGCUUGAUGGGAGAGAUUGCACGGUAGAGAUGCCACUGCUCAAAGAUGUAGCUACUGUGGCGUUUUGCGAUGCUUCAGGCACAAGUGAAAUACAUGAAAAGGUUCUCAACGAGGCGUUUGGAGCUCUCCUAUGGCAUUCAAUCACUCUCACCAGAGAAGAUCUCCAAAAGUUUAAGAGCCUCAAGAUAAUUGUCAGAAUUGGGAGUGGCUUCGAUAACGUGGAUAUAAAAGCGGCAGGAGAACUAGGUAUUGCAGUCUGUAACGUGCCUGGCUAUGGCGUAGAAGAGGCAGCUGACACCACGAUGUCACAUAUUUUAACUUUGUACCGAAGAACUUAUUGGCUUGCUGACAUGGUUCGCAGUGGAAAGAGAAUAAGUGGACCGGAACAACUAAAGGACGCCGCUGCUGGAACGGCUCGCAUAAGAGGCGACACACUGGGAAUAGUCGGUCUUGGUCGCAUUGGCGCUGCCGUAGCUUUGAGGGCCAUGGCAUUCGGCUUCAGAGUUGCCUUCUUCGACCCUUAUCUAUCGGAUGGUAUUGAGAGGUCUCUUGGCAUUGUUCGAGUCUACAAUUUGCAGGACCUCCUCUACCAAAGUGACUGUGUCACUCUCCAUUGCACUCUUCACGAUCAGAAUCGUGGAAUGAUCAAUGCGGACACCAUCAAGAUGAUGCGUAAAGGUGCAUUUUUAAUCAACACUGCAAGAGCUGGUCUCAUUGAUGAGGCAGCUCUGACCGCCGCUCUUAAAUCGGGGGUUAUUAGGGCUGCAGCUCUCGACGUGAUUGACUCUGAUCUAACGACAGGUGCGUGUUGGUUACUAUUUCCCUUUGGUCCUCUCAAGGAUGCUCCCAACCUUAUCGUAACACCGCAUAUGUCCUACUACAGUGAAAACAGUGUGCGGGAAAUGCGUGAGGCUGCGGCUAAUGAAAUUCGUCGAGCAGUUCUCAACAGAGGUCCUGGUGGGCUGCGAAACUGUGUGAACAAGGAGUAUCUCGUGGGCGCCCCCACCAGCCUGUACAGCGGUCUGAAUAGCCAUGCCAAUCCUCUCGCUCUUGCUGCCAACACUGCUGCUCUGAACAAUCAUGCGACCGCCAUGGCGGCCGUCCUUUCCAUGCCUCCUUUCUCGGGUGCCGCUGGAGCGAAUUCCAUGGGUCUGACCUUACCUCCAGCUCUUCUUGGCGCAAAUUUUGCGUCCACCGCAAAUCUAGGCGGGCCAUCCAAUUCGGUGGGGGCAAAUAAUGGUGCUCUUCAAGGUCCGCAUGGAGCUGCUGGUCCCGGUGGUAUGCUGGGAAACAACGUUCCCUCCUCCAUUCCUGCGCUCAUUCCGCCUCCACCGGGUGGAGCAAAUCCUCAGUUUGCACAAAGUGGUUUACCCACGCCAUACCCUCCAUUCCUGCCUCCCAAUUUCGCUGCUAGCCUCUCCGGGCUAGCUGGUCAACAACAGCAACAGUCACAGCCCGCUAAUCAGCCUCCGCCACCACAACCGCCUUCUCAGGCUGCGUCGCAAUCUCAACCGUUGGCAGUAGUAUCCGCGGCUGCGGCAGCAGCGGCGGCAGCGGCAGCGACACAACAGCAACAACAACAACAACAGAUGCAGACCCUCGCUUCGCAGCAAUCGAGUCAGAGUGGACCAACAAUGUCCAAGGCUGGCAGUAGUCCAGCUCCCAACGUUGGUGGGAAUGGUUCAAGUGGUGGAAUGAACAGCGGUUCCAAUGCUCCUCCCACCUCGGACUCAAAUGUGAAGCCAUCUUGUUCUCCGAAUGCAGCCCUCGAUGUGCAGAACGUUAUCCACGGGAACCCAAACUUCUCGCCUUUCCCCCCUGGCAUGGUAAAGUCGAAAGCCAGUGACUCUCCGUGA